GCAAUUUGACUUGCUGUUGUGUCAAGGUAGAAAGACCAGAAAGAAGCAUGGGGAGAACCAUUUUGCUUCUCAUCUCCAUUGUGCUGGCAGCGUAUUAUGUUCACGUACCUCUUCCAGACAAUAUUGAAGAGCCCUGGAGAGUGGUAUGGGAAGUGACACAAGUAAAAAUAGCAACAGAUUUGGCUUCUUUUGCUGAACUUUUGGGAAUCAGUCAUUUCAUGGACACAGUGAAGUUAUUUAUGAAACUUCACGAAGUUCCACCCACUUCUGACGAGAAUGUUACUGUGAUGGAGACAACUUUCAACAGUGUUCCUGUUCGAAUAUACAUACCCAAAAGGGAGUCAGCACCACUGAGGAGGGGCUUGUUUUAUAUUCACGGUGGAGGCUGGUGUUUGGGGAGUGCUGCUCUUUCGAUGUAUGACAGUCUGUCGAGAAGGACAGCGGAUAGACUCGAUGCUGUUGUCGUGUCAACUGACUAUGCGUUAGCCCCCAAACAUCAUUUUCCAAGCCAGUUUGAAGAUGUGUACAGUGCCUUACGAUGGUUCUUACAGGAAGACAUUCUUAAAAAAUAUGGUGUAGAACCUACAAGAGUCGGCGUGUCUGGAGACAGUGCUGGUGGGAACUUAGCCGCAGCUGUCACACAGCAACUCAUACAGGAUCCAGAUGUCAAGAUAAAACUCAAGGUCCAAGUCUUAGUAUAUCCUGCCCUUCAGGCCCUUGAUUUGAAUUUACCAUCAUUUCAAGAAAAUUCACAUUUUCCGUUUUUAUCCAGAUCACUCAUGGUCAGGCUUUGGAGUGAAUACUUUACUACAGAUCAAGCCCUAGAGAAAGCCAUGCUUGUCAAUCAACAUGUACCUAUGGAACACAGCCAUUUGUUCCGAUUUGUGAACUGGAGUUCCUUGCUCCCUGAGAGAUACAAGAAAGGUUACUUUUAUAAGAGUCCCACUCCUGGUAGUUCUGAGCUGGCUCAACAAUACCCAGGGUUUGUAGAUGUGAAGGCAUGCCCUCUCUUGGCCGAUGACAACAUAUUGCUUCAUUUACCUCUGACCUAUAUCAUCACUUGCCAGUAUGAUGUCCUACGAGAUGAUGGACUCAUGUAUGUCACCAGGCUUCAGAAUGUUGGAGUUCAUGUAACUCAUCACCACAUUGAGGAUGGAUUCCAUGGAGCAUUUACCUUUCAUGAUUUUAAAAUUACAUACAGGAUGCAAAAUCAGUACUUGAGUUGGCUUAUGAAAAAUCUAUAGCAAAACCUACAUGAUUUAUUGAAGAUAUAUAGAAAUAAAAUAAAUAAACUAAUAAAAA